AUGAAAAAGUCCUGGCACCCAGCCCUCCUGGUGAACCAGGACAAGGUGUGGCAAGCGGAGAAGAAAGCUUCAGAGGAACGCAAAGCCCUCCGCCAGCUCCAGAAGGAACGCGAUGAGGAACGCCAACUCGCCGAGCUCCAGCGUCUUCAAGAGGCUCAAACCGGAAAGAAACGCGUAGAGAAGCUGGACUGGAUGUACGCGGCACCCUCCUCGUCUGGGAUGGGUGGGGGACGUACCGAGCGCGAACUGGAGGAUUAUCUGUUGGGCAAGAAACGCGUCGAUGAGGCCCUUCGUGGGGCUGAUAAGGAUGUGGGGAACACGUCCAAGGAUUUCAUUAUUGCGCAGAACGCCAAUACCGCGCGUGAUACGGCUGCGAAGAUUCGGGAAGAUCCCAUGCUGGCAAUGAAGAAGGCUGAGCAGGCGCGGUUGGCGGCGCUUAUGAAUCGCCCGGAUAUUCGGCGCGCCCUCAAGGCCAAGCAGGGGGAGGGGAAGGAGGAGAAGAGGGAGCGGAGGAGGGCCGAGAAGGAGGAGAGGCGGCGGGAGAGGCACGAGAGGAGGUCGGGCUAUUCGGACGAGGAACGGGAGCGUCGACACCGCCGUGAUCGCGACGACCGCGAUGACCGGAACGAUCGCAGGCGUGACCGCGACCGCGAUUAUGACGAUCGGAAGCGCGACCGAUACGAUGAGAGCGAGCGCCGCCGCGACAGGCGCGAUGACCGCGACGACCGUGACCGUAGACGCAACUCGCGCUCUGUGUCCCCACGCCGUGACGACCGCGAGACGAAGCGGCGCGACUCGCGCUCCGAUUUGCCACGUCGCGACCGCGGACGCGACCGCGACGACACGCCGAAGCGGGAGCCUCGUAGCCCUCGCGACCGCUCGCCUGUCAAGCCGGAGCGCGACAUGUCCCCCAAGCGCGAGCGCAGCCCUCGCGAGAGGAACGGCGGCAACCGCGACUUGCGUAACGGCGCGAACGGCAACGGUGACACGCGCUACAAUGGCCGACGUGACGAGCGCAACGGUGGCCCGCACAACUUGAACAACGGCGCUCGCGACUUGCGCAACGGCCGAAACGACCGCAACGACUCUCGCGACUUGCGUAACGGCAACGGACGCGCGUACGAUCACGCUCCACCCCGCCACCCCUCUCCCGAGCGCAAGCCAGCUGGUAACGCGCUUGACGACAUGCGCGCAGCCCGCCUCGCGGCCAUGACUGGCGCUGCAAACCAGAUGUCUGCCGAGCGGUCGACCAAGCUCGCACAGCGGGCUGAUGAGGAGAAGCGUGUGUUUGAGGCCGAGGAGCGUGCGAGGGCCAAAUACCACCGCGACGAGGCGGCGGGCAUGUUCAUGAAGCACCAGGAGCAACUGGGUGGUUCUGUUGGGCUUGCGGAGAACCUGCAGCGUCGUGGUGGCAAGGGACUGCUGCGUGACAUUUAG